GCCGAGCGUCGCAUCCCGAACAACUUUGGGGCAGUGGCCGUUUGAUAUUGAAUGUUCCCCUCCGAGAACGCAUGGCUGAGGAAGCGAGGCGCGGGGUCGGCCCCCGAGCGGCCGCCGUCCCGGAGGUGGUGAUGCUGCUGCUGUGCCUGGGAGUCCGGAUAGGGCGCCCCUACAACGUGGACACGGAGAGCGCGCUGCUCUACAGGGGACCCGCCGGCACCCUGUUCGGCUACUCGGUGGUGCUGCACAGGCAUGGGACCAACCGAUGGCUUGUGGUGGGGGCACCGACUGACAACUGGCUCGCCAACCCCUCAGUGAUCAAUCCUGGCGCGAUUUAUAGAUGCAGAAUCGGAAAAAACCCAAACCGGACGUGUGAACAGCUCCAGCUGGGCAGCCCAAAUGGAGAGCCUUGCGGAAAGACUUGCUUGGAAGAGAGAGACAAUCAGUGGUUGGGGGUCACACUUUCUAGACAGCCCGGAGAAAAUGGAUCGAUUGUGACUUGUGGUCAUAGAUGGAAAAAUAUAUUUUACAUAAAAAAUGAAAAUAAGCUCCCUACUGGUGUUUGCUACGGAAUGCCCUCUGAUUUACGAACAGAACUGAGUAAAAGAAUAGCUCCAUGUUAUCAAGAUUAUGUGAAAAAGUUUGGGGAAAAUUUUGCAUCGUGUCAAGCUGGGAUAUCUAGUUUUUACACAGAGGAUUUAAUUGUGAUGGGAGCCCCAGGAUCAUUUUACUGGACUGGCUCUCUCUUUGUCUACAAUAUAACGACAAAUAAAUACAAGGCUUUUUUAGACAAAGAUAAUCGAGUAAAAUUUGGAAGUUAUUUAGGAUACUCAGUUGGAGCUGGUCAUUUUCAGAGUCAGCACACUACAGAAGUAGUUGGAGGAGCUCCUCAACAUGAACAGAUUGGUAAAGCAUACAUAUUCAGCAUUGAUGCAAAAGAACUAAAUAUUUUAUAUGAGAUGAAAGGUAAAAAGCUUGGAUCAUAUUUUGGAGCUUCCAUAUGUGCCGUGGACCUCAACGCAGAUGGCCUCUCAGACCUACUCGUGGGAGCUCCCAUGCAGAGCACCAUCAGGGAAGAGGGAAGAGUUUUCGUGUACAUCAACUCUGGCGUGGGAGCAGUAAUGAUUGAAAUGGGAACAGAGCUCAUUGGAAGUGACAAAUAUGCCGCAAGAUUUGGGGAAUCGAUAGUUAAUCUUGGUGACAUUGACAAUGAUGGCUUUGAAGAUGUUGCUAUUGGAGCUCCACAAGAAGACGACUUGCGGGGCGCUAUUUAUAUUUACAAUGGCCGAGUAGAUGGGAUCUCACCAGCCUUCUCACAGAGAAUUGAAGGACUUCAGAUUAGUGAAUCAUUAAGUAUGUUUGGACAGUCUAUAUCUGGGCAAAUUGAUGCAGAUGAUAAUGGAUAUGUAGAUGUAGCCGUUGGUGCUUUUCAGUCUGAUUCUGCUGUGUUGCUAAGAACAAGACCUGUAGUGAUUGUCAAAGCUUCUUUAAACCACUCUGAGUCGGUGAAUAGAACAAAAUUUGACUGUAUUGAAAAUGGAUUGCCUUCUGUCUGCAUUGAUCUAAAACUCUGCUUUUCGUAUAAUGGCAAACAGGUUCCAGAUCAUAUUGUUUUGUUUUAUAACGUGAGUCUGGAUGUGAACAGAAAGGCAGAAACUCCAUCGAGAUUUUACUUUUCUUCUGAUGGAACUUCUGAGGUGAUCACAAGAAGCAUACAACUAUCAAGCGGAGGAGUUUACUGUACAGCACAUCAAGCAUUCAUGCGGAAAGACGUGCGGGACAUCCUCACUCCAAUUCAGAUAGAAGCUGCUUAUCACCUUGGACAUCAUGUCAUCAGUAAACGAAGUACAGAGGAAUUCCCGCCUCUUCAACCAAUUCUUCAGCAGAAGAAAGAAAAAGACAUUAUUAAAACAACGAUAAACUUUGCAAGGUUUUGUGCCCAUGAAAAUUGUUCUGCUGAUUUACAGGUGUCUGCAAAAAUCGGAUUUUUGAAGCCACACGAAAAUAAAACCUAUCUUGUUGUUGGAAGUAUGAAGACGUUAAUGUUGAAUGUGUCUUUGUUUAAUGCUGGAGAUGAUGCCUAUGAAACCACUCUGCAUGUCAAACUACCUACAGGUCUUUACUUCAUUAAGAUUUUAGACCUGGAAGAGAAACAAAUAAACUGUGAUGUAACAGACAACUCGGGCGUAGUAAAGCUUGACUGCAGUGUUGGUUAUAUAUAUGUAGAUCGUCUAUCAAGGCUCGACAUUAGCUUUCUCCUGGAUGCAAGCUCACUCAGCCGAGCAGAAGAAGAUCUCAACAUCACAGUGCAUGCUGCCUGUGAAAAUGAAGGGGACGUGGGCACUCUAAAGAAUAACAAAGUGACUUUAGCAAUACCUCUAAAGUAUGAGGUUAUGCUGAGCGUUCAUGGGUUUGUUAACCCAACGUCGUUUGUUUAUGGAUCACAUGAGGAAAAUGAACCUCAAACGUGCAUGGAAGAGAAAAUUAACUUCACUUUCCAUGUUAUCAACUCUGGCCAUAGCAUGGCUCCAAAUGUUAGCAUGGAAAUAAUGGUACCAAAUUCUUUUACCCCCAACACCGAUAAACUGUUCAACAUUUUGGAUGUGCAGACUAGUACUGGUGAAUGCCAUUUUCAAAAUUAUCAAAGAGAGUGUUUACAGCAGCAAAAGGGUGUAGUGGAGAGCAUGAAAGACAUAUUCAAAUUCUUGUCAAAGUCCGAUAAGAGGUUAUUGUACUGCAUAAUAAACGAUCCAUAUUGUUUAAAUUUCGUAUGCAAUUUUGGGAGAAUGGAAAGUGGAAAAGAAGCCAGUGUUCACAUUCAGUUGGAAGGCCGGCCAUCUGUUUUAGAAAUGGAUGACACGUCAACACUCAAGUUUGAAAUAAAAGCGACAGCUUUUCUAGAGCCAAAUCCAAAAGUUAUUGAAUUAAACAAGCAUGAAAAUGUUGCACAGGUUCUACUAGAAGGACUACAUCAUCAAAGACCCAAACGUUAUUUCACUAUAGUGAUUAUUUCAAGUAGCUUGCUACUUGGACUUAUUUUACUUUUAUUGAUUUCGUAUGUUAUGUGGAAGGCUGGCUUCUUUAAAAGACAAUACAGAGCUAUCCUCCAAGAAGAAAACCGAAGAGACAGUUGGAGUUAUGUGAACAGUAAAAGCAAUAAUGAUGAUUAAAGACUCCUUUCAAAUUGACAGAACUGGUAACAGACUCAGGUUAUACUAAAGAAAUUUAAGACACUGUUUACAAGAAAACAUGAAUUUUGCUCGGACAUCUUCAGUGUACUUCCAGGACAUACUAUACCUUAAUGCAAGUGAAAAACCCAAGCCAUGAUUGCUCUUUGAGAAAAGAUAACUGUAAAGGUAGUAUUUAACUUAUCCGAAGAUAGUCUUCUGGAUCUUAAAUUAAUAGAAAAACACUAAACCGUUCAAUUUAUUCUCAAUAAAUAAUCCCUAGAAGAUAUCUUGAAAUGCAAGGAUAUCUGAAUUGGAUUUCUUCACAGCCACACCAAAGUAGUCUGCACACUCUUAUUUCGAUGCCAGGACCCCUAAGAGAUGAUGCUGGGCAUUGAAGGUGGAGAGGGAUUUGUGGCAAAAGUCCUGCGCUUGCCCUGGUCUUGCUUGGCCGCUGAAGUGCGACAGAAUUUUUUCUGACUGCAGAAUUCAAAAUGUGGCUCAAGGUAUUCAUUUCAUCUACACCAGAGAAGGCAAACUGCAUGGCAAGGCUUUUGUUGAACUUGAAUCAGAAGAUGAAGUUGAAUUGGACU